UUGAUAUUUAAGGCACCUUCGUCCGGGAAGAGGAGUAUUGUUUAGCAGUGAACUUCAAAAUGAAAGCAUUUAUCGUUCUAGCAGCCGUACUGGCCGUGGCCAGUGGAAACUCAUUGAUCUGCCGCAACUACCGUUCCGGUGCCUUGAUCCCAAAUCCGGAGAACUGUGCCGAGUUUUUCAUGUGCCGCCCGGGUCGUGCCAUCAAGUUCACCUGUCCCCAGUUCACCCGAUUCAAUCCCAGCCUGAUGGCUUGUGACCCAACGUCUGCCGUAGUUUGCAAACCUGGACAUCUCCCGCUGGACCUCGAAUUCACCCCAAUCAAUGCCGGACCCUCGGUCAUCGAGCACACCAACCCAAUCUGCGUUGAUAAGAAUAUGAGAAUCCUUUUGGCUAACCCGAACACUUGCAACAACUUCUACCAGUGCUCUCCUACCGGAGCCAUCGCCUUCAGUUGUCCACCUGGAACUUUGUUCGAUGCCAACCGCCUGUACUGUGAACGUGCUGAUUUGGCCAGCUGCUCGGCUGCGAUUCUCCCGGAAAUUCCAGUGAUGCCAGAACUGCCGACAUUCCCGGAAGUUCCAAUCAUUCCACAGCUCCCAGAGGUUCCAGUCGUUCCGGAGAUCCCCGUUAUGCCGGAGAUUCCAGCCAUCGUCGAUGACACCUACGUAAUAAUGCGUUGCCGAGGUCAGCGAGAAGGUGCCCGAUUCCGUCACCCCACGGAUUGUCGCCGAUAUAUCGUGUGCAGCAACAUGGGACGCAGCCAAAUUUUCUCCUGCCCAGCGAACCUUGCUUUCAACACCGCUUUGAAUGCUUGCGAUUGGGAGAGGAAUGUCAAGUGCUAAAAAUGACACACCUGAAAAUGUAAACAACAAGAACACACUAGUAAGCUUCUCACCCAUUUUUAAGAUGGGAUCUAAUUUUUCGACACAAUAAAACAUCCAGAAGACUACCAUAUUAAAUCCAACAAUGGUGGUGGGUUUUAAAGGGAA